UUAGAAAUGAGAAAAAAAAAAAAAAAAGGCCCCUUCUCCCGAAGAUAAAAAGGAACAUUUUCGCGGAACUUUGGUAGUCAAGAGGAGCGAUCGAAAGUGGAUCAGAUUGAUUUGAAGCUUGCUGUUGGCACUCAGAAGAAAGCGAGUUUUUCCAGAUGAAUAGGCGUGUAAGAUGGGAUGAGGCAAAUCUGGGGGAAAUUGAAGCAAAUAAACCUGUAAGGCAGAAGAUAACUGAACCCAAGACGCCAUACCACCCCAUGAUUGAUGAUGAUGGGUCUUUGUCUCCUGUGAGACGUAGUUUCAAUGAUUGCAUAGGUGAUGCUAUGGAUGCAGAGGAAUUACGCUCUGCUUUGAAUGAUGUGGCUUCCUCGAGUAGAAAAACAACUGGGAGAUCUGGUGGCUGGACAUCUUCUGAGGAUGAGGCUGAUCCUAUGGAUCAGGAAGAUUCUGAAACAGAUCGGAGUGGUAUGAGUUUUAAGGAACAGAGAAAAGCACACUAUGAUGAGUUUUUGAAGGUAAAGGAACUCCGACGUAAGGGCUCUUUCCUUGACGAUGAAGAUGAUGAUGUGGAGGGUGAUUCAUCUUCAUCAUUAAGUUCUGGUGUCAAAGACAUAGACAUAGAGGAGGAUACUUCAACUUUGCCUCAAAAGUCUUCUGCACGUCCAGCUAACGGAGUGUAGAAGUCAUCAGACCAAUCUGAGACCUAAAGUUGACUCUUUUGACUUUCAUUUGUGGUAAUUUGGUGCAAAAAAAGAACAAUACCUUGGUUUCUGUAUUUUUCCAUAUUUGAGUUCACAUGUACAUAAGAGUUUCCCGAAUUUGGCAUGUUUGUGUGAAUCUCGCGGCACCCCAACGUUUGGUCUUUAACAAAUAAGCAAAAUGGCAAGGUACUGCGACUUUGUUGUGCAA